UCAAAAGUGAGGAAAUGCCAGAUUAAAUAUGUAAUAGCAAUUCAAUUCUCUUAGGUAUUAUAAACAUUAUGAUAUAAGGUGUAAUUUUUCCUGUUCCCUGACAGCCUUGCCUCAUUCACUGCUGGCAAAUGAAUCAAUAAGCCAUGGCUCAAUGUUGCCUUUAAUUAAGGUGGCUGAACGUAUGUCAAAUGCCUCCUUCAUUACAUGCUAGUCAAUGUCCUGUGUGAAAACAAGACAUUUUUCUAAGUUUUCUGAGGUGCUUCUUGAACAUUUCAAAGUUGUUUUUGUUUUGUUUCCAGAAAAUCCCUUUUCACAUUACAGGGAAAAAUGAUACAUGGACUGGGGCACUGCUCUUGCCAGAUAUGCAAAUAGUGGUUACUUUCAUCAGAGAAAUAGAGAUAUUGGGGAAACUGAGCUAGCUUUUCAGGAUCUGAAGUUAAGAAUACUCUCAGAGCACAUGCUUUUUUCUCUUCCAUGAAGCUUCUUCACUAGUCUUCUUGUAUUUCAGUUUUAACCCACCUUCCUCUCUUUGUUUCUCCCAUCUUCCUUCAUCAGGCAUUUCAUGAUGGUACAAGUACCUUCAAUUUACAAGUUUUCUUCUUUAAGCUCACAGUCACUGGGACAAGUCAUACUCCUCACCACCCAAUCUCUCUCCCCCAUUGUCAUGGCUGUAAUUGACAUCUGCAGGAAAAAAAGACCACUGCACAGGACCAACACCACCCUGUUGUCCCACACCAACAAAGCACGAGUAGAUUGCUACACAGGAGAAACUUCAGCGCUGUUUCACAGCGACCCGGUUUACAAGCUCUCUGCUUUGUCCUGCGGGGCUGCAGCUCAGCUGUGGGGCUUUGCCCCCGGCAGAUUCGGGUGCUCCGCAGUGACCAUCCUUGCUGUGGCCCCGCAGCCCUCGCCGAGCCACCGCGGCGUGCGACAGCAGAGGGCAGCAAGAGGCAGAGAAGAUCCUUUCAUAAACUGGGUCAAAUUCCAUUCUCUGACAUUUGAUGUCCGCGUACAGCGCCCGCACAGGCUGCCGGCGGCUCCCGGGCUGCAUCCUCGGCCGGCGGGCGGGACUCGGGGCUCGGAGCUCGGGGAUCGGGACUCGGAGUUCGGGCUCGGGGCUCGGGGCUCGGGGCUGGAGUUCGGGUCUCGGGGCCCGGGACUUGGCACAACAGCAAGAAUAUCCAGCUUUGCAGAAUCACAGAAUAAGGCAGAGUUGGAAGGGUCCCUCAGAGAUCACCGAGCCCAACUCCUGGCCCUGCACAGCACCAUCACCAGCUUAUAUGUUGUCUUCAGUAAUGGCCUCAUUAACAGAGAAGUGAGUGGCCUUAAGCUCUUCACAUCAUUAACCUUCUAUGAACAGGUGAUUUAUUUUCAUGAUGAACAAACACUUGCAAAAUUCAGCACAAUCUGCAUGUUAGAGAAACUUAUGUCAACAGAGUAA